AUGGCUGAGCUGCGGCCUAGCGGCGCCCCCGGCCCCGUCGCUCCCCCGGCCCCAGCCCCGGCUCCGGCCCCUGGCCCCGCCGCACCCCCGGCCUUCGCCUCACUCUUUCCCCCGGGGCUGCACGCCAUCUAUGGCGAGUGCCGCCGCCUCUACCCCGAGCAGCCCAAUCCGCUGCAGGUCACCGCCAUCGUGAAGUACUGGUUGGGUGGACCGGAUCCCUUGGACUACGUUAGCAUGUACAGGAACUUGGGAAGUCCAGGUGCAAAUGUCCCUGAACACUGGCACUACGUUAGCUUUGGACUGAGUGAUUUAUAUGGCGACAACAGAGUCCACGAGUUUACAGGAACAGAUGGACCCAGUGGCUUUGGCUUCGAGUUGACAUUUCGACUAAAGAGAGAAACAGGAGAGUCAGCUCCACCCACAUGGCCAGCAGAGUUAAUGCAAGGCUUGGCCAGAUAUGUAUUCCAGUCAGAAAACACCUUCUGCAGUGGUGACCAUGUAUCCUGGCAUAGCCCUUUGGAUAAUAGUGAGUCAAGAAUCCAACACAUGCUCCUGACUGAGGACCCGCAGAUGCAACCUGUGCAGACUCCUUUUGGGUUGGUUAUCUUCCUCCAGAUUGUUGGUGUUUGCACAGAAGAGCUACAUGCGGCCCAACAAUGGAAUGGGCAGGGCAUCCUUGAGCUUCUUCGAACAGUCCCUGUAGCUGGUGGCCCCUGGUUAAUAACUGAUAUGCGAAGAGGCGAGACUAUAUUUGAGAUUGAUCCACAUUUGCAACAGGAGAGAGUUGAUAAAGGGAUCGAGACAGAUGGCUCCAAUCUGAGUGGAGUGAGUGCCAAGUGUGCCUGGGAUGAUCUGAGCCGACCCCCUGAGGACGACGAUGACAGUAGGAGUAUUUGUAUUGGGAUGCAGCCUCGGAGACUUUCUGGCAAAGAUACAGAGCAAAUCAGAGAGACCCUGAGGAGGGGGCUAGAGAUCAACAGUAAACCUGUCCUCCCUCCAAUCAACACCCAGCGGCAGAAUGGCCUAAAUCAUGACCGAGCACCGAGUCGCAAGGACAGUUUAGAAAGCGAGAGCUCAGCAGCUAUUAUUCCCCAUGAGCUAAUUCGCACACGACAGCUUGAAAGUGUACAUCUGAAAUUCAACCAGGAGUCUGGAGCACUAAUUCCACUUUGUCUGAGGGGCAGACUGUUACAUGGACGGCACUUUACAUAUAAGAGUAUUACAGGGGAUACAGCCAUCACAUUUGUAUCGACGGGAGUGGAAGGCGCCUUUGCCACUGAAGAGCAUCCAUAUGCAGCCCAUGGACCCUGGUUACAAAUUCUGUUGACUGAAGAAUUUGUAGAAAGAAUGCUGGAAGACUUAGAAGAUUUGACUUCUCCAGAGGAAUUCAAACUUCCCAAGGAGUACAGCUGGCCAGAAAAAAAACUGAAAGUCUCCAUUUUGCCAGACGUUGUGUUUGACAACCCACUGCACUAGCCCUGAAUUCCGUCCCUUCCUUCAGAUGACCAUGAGAGCCCGGUCUAGCUCCCAAGUGACUCAACAGUGUAAUGAUUGCAGUAAAAAAUGAUUCCUGCAAAUAAAAGGAAAAGAGAGAGACGAUUACUGCACAGCCACUGCAGCCCACAAUGGGGUGCAUAAGCAGGGACUGGCCCCGGCUCCCCUCCACCUCACCUCUUAUCUGGGGGCCAGGCCACUCCAGGCCCAUUAGGAGUGAAUGAGACCUUGUUCCAGCCCAGCUCAGGUCCCACCAGACCAAAUGAGUGGCUAAUGACUCUGUCAUUCCACCUCUGGUUUGGGGAUAUGACUCUGGGACCCCUGACUUUGUUUUCCACAAGCUGACCUCACUCAUCUAUGCUUGCCCACUUCUGCAGGUCUGGGGAAGAGCCCUAGACCCACGGAUUAAAUGCUCUGGCUCCUCCUGACUCUGGAAACCUUUUGUUAGUCAAAUUCCUCCUGGCUACAGAACAAUUCCUCCGAGUAUGUUUGGGGUUUUUUUUGUUUUGUUUUUUGUAUUUUAUUUUUUAGAAACCAUAUGGUAUUUAAUUGCUCCGCAAAGGUGUCUAGAAGCUGUCAUGCAUAUUGGUUUUGUUUUUGUUUUAAGUGGAACUUGUUUUCAAGUUGAACUUUCUUCUCUUGGAAAAGGACUGGGGAUACCUAGCUUUUCCCCUCCCACAUCCCCCCACCCGGCCAUGUCACUAGAAGGUGCUUAGUGUUUGCCAAUGAAUAGCUAUGGUAGGGCCUUUUGGGCAGAAGGACUUUUCUUCACCAGCUCACAAACCAUUGUGGAUCCAUAGAAAGGGUGUUCAGAAGCAGGAGGCAUCUAGGUAGGAGUAGGGUGAAGCUAUGUCUCUGGAGACCUGAGACCCCCUAACGUGAUACUCAGCCCUGGCCCAACCCUUAACUAGGAAAGGCUGUGUUCUUGCCAGGUGGGUUGGGCUCCAGAAGCCUCAGGGAGCCCCUUGGCCUAAAACCGGCGCCUGUGAGGCGUGAGGACUGCGGCCAGCACUGCCCAGACUCUUGGAAACUUGGAGAAGAUAUCAGCCUCGCCUUCUCAGUGGGCUUCUCACUCUGACUGGGGCCAGCCUAGGAGAGGGAGAGUCUCAGCCCUUGCAGGCACCUCCCCCACCUCCAGCUAGCUCAGGGUUUGUGUGACCUUUUAGGUCCCCAUUCUCUCUCCUCCCUCCUUUCUGAUCUCAUCUUCCCUCAGGCCCCCACAGCUCCAGGCUCUAGGAAUUUCUAGUUUAUUAAAAGCUAAAAAAUAAACUUCCAACAUCUGUCUUGUUAUCAUUUUGCAACAGCACAUUCACCUCUUCUCCCUUCUUCCUAAAUUCAUUUAUUUCCUUUAUUUGUUCCUCUUUCUCUCAUCUUUCCCCUUAGACCUCUGUCUUCUCCUGUACUUUUUUCCUUUGCACCUGUAUCUCAGGCCUUUCUCUCUCUACAUCUCUGACCUCUUUCUUCUACUGUAUUUCUGGCUUCUUUCCCACUAACAUCCUCUGCUUUAUUCUGUAUCUCUAGUGUUUUUCCCUUCACUUCUGUCCCUCCUUAAAUCUCUGGCUUCUCCCCCCUGCAUUUCUGGCCAUUCUCCCACUUACAUAUUUUUGGCUUCUUGUAUCCCUGGUCUCUAUCUUCCUGCAUCUCUGGUUUCAAGCCCUUUCGCCCCUGAGUGCGCCGCCCCCCCCAUAUCUCUAGUCCCUCCCUCCCUUUAUCUCUGACUUCUCAUCACUAAUACUUUUUCUCCUGUCACUCAAGUACCUGACCCAUCAUCCUCAUGUGACCUCCUUCAUCUCCUGCAUCAGGAGGACACAUCACCACCACCUCCAAGGACACCAAUCCAGUUCUGGCCUCCCAAGGCCUCCUUUUGGUUUCCUCCCACCCCAGACCUGAAUGAAGUUGUUUUAGCCAUGGAAUUAAAGGACUAUUUCUGGCACCAUCCAACACACACUCCAUAACAUGAGAAGCAUACCAUAGGCCAUGACAUCCAUCAUGGCUCACAGAAAGCUGGCACAAGAGAUGACAACCCCUCCAAUGCCCAGUUAGGCAAAAAAUUGUCCUGACCACUUCUCUAGGGAAUUGAAGAGAUGAAGACUGGUGCCAAAGAUCAGAAGAAGAUCGACAUUAAACAGUCUCCAAGAACCCUCUUUCCUAAUGGUCUCCAGAAAGGUUAUGGUGAGUGAGACUUAAUCUUGUGAACUAUUAAUGAACCUUAGAUGUGAAGACAAACCAGUCCUAUUCUGGAAUACCCAAGUGUAUCUUUCACUCAAGCCUAGGAAUUCUUUAGCGUGAGCUUCAUUCAUGAAAAAUAUAGGUGUUGCAUUUGCUGACCCCUGGUUCCCAAAUACCCCAGCAAGGUUCCAUCUUCAUCCCAUGUGCCCCUUUGCUGCCAGUUGCUGGCAUCAUUCACCCCAGCUAGAUGAUUGCCUUUUUAGUGUCUCUGAUUCCAGUAGUGUUCUUUGGUCUUCUCUACUGCCACCAUCUCCAUCUCUUUUAAAUUCUUCCACUUCUCUGCCUCAUGGAAGGGAAAAAAAGAUGCAGCCAGCCUGAUCAGUCACUCCUCUCUAAGCCCCACCACCCCACAGUCCUCUCCACCAGCCCUUAGUUUUAAUCUUAGUUUGGUGUCUAAGCCAAAGUCUCCCUUGGUACCAAAAGCACCGGGUUAUUGCAUGAGGAGGUUUAGGAUUAAUGGGUUGACUACCAGUAUCAAGGACCUGGGUAGUCCUGUGUGAAUGGGGAGAGCGUUAUAAAGGAUAGCCUAACUCGGGGAAGGUGACAUGGAAGAAUACAUUGCCCAGAAAGCCCAUUGGGCAGUCUGGAAGGCCAGUGGCCAUAGACACAUCUUACCCUUCCUAUCCUAAGAACUGUUCUUCCUGGGCCCAGGACUUCAUGUCCCUUUUCCAAAGUACUUUCCAUACAUGGCUGUGCAUGUGCAUGCUGCCUUUGUAUUGUUUGUAGUCCUUCCCUUGGUGGAAGUUGGAAAGGAACAAGUUAGAGGGUCUUUAUGGUUUUCCUGUGCAAGAUUCUCAGAAAGAGUGAAACAGGGAUCAUCAUUGAGCUCUUUUCUGACCCAGCUUUCCCUCAGACUUUGUAGACUCAUCCUCCAGACAGAAACUCUUAGGAACUUGUAUCCUGAACUGGGUAUCUGCUCUUCCUUUUCCAACUUUGAACUCUCCCAGCUCCAAGGAAGGGUCCUUCCUUUUCUAUAGCAGCUGAUUCUUCAUUGGUUCCACUCUAGGACUAUUUUCUUCUCCCAUCAUUUCCUCAUGUCUCAGAUUCCAUGGUAGCCCCUUUAAGGAAAAGGGGGAGCUCCCCAGUAUUUACAAUCUUGAUGGCUCUCUGACUGGAUAACAGUAAAGUCUUACAGGACACAGAGGCUUUCAAAAUCUUGGGCAAUGCUUGUCAUUGUCACUUGUCACUUCUAGGCAAUUAUCCCUUAGAGGCUAAAGAAUUGCUCACACCAUCUCUGUGGGUCAGAGUGUAGGAAUUCAGCCAUGGUCAUGCUCCAUCUUAAGAACACUCUGGUCUUGCCUUGUCUUUUUCCAAAGGGGUGGCACAAGGGAUAAGAUAAGAGGAAUGGGGAGAGGGCUCAGGGAUCUGAAAAGGCUAGAGCACUUUUUGAAAAGAGACAGACCUAAAACUGUUUGGCCUGAAUUUUGAAGUUUGGUGAAGAGCUGAACUAUUGACAUUCUACUGUGAGGCAGUCCCCCUUUCUCUGCUUUUUAACUAAGCUCUUUCCCUCUCUGGCUGAGAGGGCCUUGUGCCCAAAGGGAAGUGCUCAGUCCUGUCUUGGGUCAGGAUACUGUAACUCAACUUCUCAUUUUGUUACAAAAACCUGAAAGCUGCUUUGAGCAGAGCUUUUUUAAUCUUUUGUAUUAGUUUCUAUUAUCAGUGGUGACUUGGUUCCUGGGCACUGUGGCAGGCCAGGACUUUUGUAAGAAUUUUUUCAGUGACUCACUGAAACCGUUUCCUUCCCGCCCCCUCUCCCUCAGUGUAAUCUAAGUGCAUUAAACAUGUUUGCAGAAC